AGACACAAACGCAAACUGCCCGAACUCGCGGAGCGAAGAGGGAGGGGCCCUCCGUGAGCCUUCAGGAUGUUGGGCUCCCUUGCCGCAGGCUUUGUUGGGACUGCGGCUGGGUUUGGUGGGUCAGAUGGCGUGGAUGAGGGUCAAAUGGCGCGGAUGCUGCGGCUAGGAAGUACUGCUGCAGCGGCGGCGCUGGCGGUGCAAAUUUGCAUCUUCGAGCGCGCCGGCAAAGGAUCCAAAGAGCUCGAAAAGAACACGGACAAAGACUUGAUCUUCAGAGAGGAGGAGGGCAAGACGUUGCUGGUGCCUCUCCGCCCGAAGAGCUCGAAGGAGCUCAAAAAGUAUACGGUGGAGGAGGUAGCAAAGCACAACACCCGCGAGAGCAUUUGGAUCAUUGUGGAUGACCUCGUUUACGACCUCACUAGGUACAUUGACAAGCAUCCGGGCGGCCCGCUGAUGAUUGAGAACAUGGCUGGUAAGGAUUGCACCGACGUGUUCGCCAAUUACCACUCUGCAAGGGUCUACAAGCAGAUGCUGCCACCCAUGCUGAUCGGCCAGGCAACCAACGUGACAGUGCCGCCGCAUGUACAGGACUUCCGGGCCAUCCGGCAAGAGCUUCUGCGGCGCGGCCUUUUUGAGACGGACAUGCGCUUCUACGCCAAGAUGGCCGCGUGGCUCGUCUCCCUCUUCUUUCUGGCGCUGUAUCUCUCUGUAGGAUGCACGUCCACUUCUUCGCACAUGGCCGGCGCUGCGGUCAUGGGCCUCUUCUGGCAGCAGCUGGCGGGCAUCGGGCACGACAUGGGGCACAGCGGUAUCACCCACCACUUCCACUUUGACCACGCUUUCUGCUCCUCCUUGGUGGGCUUCAUGGGGAUCUCCGUGUGCUGGUGGAAGCGGAACCACAACACCCACCACAUUGUUUGCAACUCUAUCGAGCACGACCCAGACAUCCAGCACUUGCCGGCGCUCGCGGUGUCGCCGGAGAUCAUCAAGAAACCGUUCUUUAGCACCUACUACAAGGAGAUCAAGGCCUUGGACGCCGUCGCGAGGUUCAUGGUGAGCUACGAGCACAUCCUGUUCUACCCGAUCAUGAUGGUGGCUCGCUUCAACCUCUACGCGCAGUCCCUCAUUCAACUUUUUGCGAAGGAGCCGCUGCACUACAGGAAGCUGGAGCUGUGCAGCUUCGCCAUCUACUUCACCUGGGUGACGGCUCUGGUCCUUUCUUUGCCCACGUGGAAGGAGACGUUCGGGUGGCUGCUGGUGAGCCAUGCAGUGUCUGGGCUUCUUCACGUGCAGAUUUGCUGCUCCCAUUUCUCCAUGGACUUGUACCACGGCCACGCGUACAACGAUGCCAGUGACGAAUGGUACAUUACCCAGCUAAAGACGACCAUGAACUUCGACACACCACCGAUGUUUGAUUGGGUCCACAUCGGCCUCCAGUUCCAAAUCGAGCACCACCUUUUCCCUCGGCUCCCUCGGCACAACCUGCGUGAAGCGAGGCGCCUGGUGCGAGAGGUGUGCGCGAAGCAUCAGAUUCACUACCACGAGCCAGGCUUCUUCCAGGCCAAUUGGGAGACUCUGAAGUGCCUUUGGAACACCGCCAAGGCUGCCCGGCUUACCAAGAAGGGCGACAGCGGCUUCUACGAGAGCAUCCUUUGGGACGGGCUCACGCUGAACGGCUGAAUUCAAGGCGCUCUCGUGACUUUCCUGGUCCGGAAGGGGGUUUCGGGGGUGGUGCCAGGGUUUGGGAGCUGGACUGGACAACUUGCUUGAUGACUUUGAUUUCGGACGCUUCCGGCGAACAGGGAAGCUUCGAGACUGGGAAGGCGCCAUCCCCCCGGCCCGUGUUGCUCUUAGGGGAAGUUCAAGAGACAAUGGGCCAUUUUCAGCCGCUUAGUACAGAUCCAUGUUGAUGCUUUGGCGCGGCUCCUUUG